AGAACACCAAAAACCCAAUCUGUCAGUUCAGAUACAUAACCAAAUCCAUGGAUUCUCAAAGUUUCGUGCCUGUUCAGUUCACUGACCUCAGGGACAACGUUAAUGACAAGAGUCCCCCUCUCGGUGCCAUAUUUUUGUUCUUAAUUUUCUUCUUGUCCACCAUUUUUCUCUACUUUCUCUACCUAUGCACCUACCGACGCCAAUCACCCACCGCCAACCUGACUGCGCUGCCGGAUCGGACUCGGUCAUCCUUGGGGCUCGACCCAGCCACCAUCAGUGGCUUGCCAAUUGUUUCAUAUGGGUCAAGUAUGAAAAAGAUCAAUUCUGGCCAAGAAUCAGAGUGCUCUAUUUGUCUGGGUAUGUUUCAGGAGGGAGAGAGAGUGAAGGUGAUGCCUCUGUGUCACCAUGGUUUUCAUUCUGAGUGUGUUGACAAGUGGCUAAGGACUCGGUCGAGCUGUCCUCUUUGCAGAGCGUCUAUCCAUCGACUUGAAUCUGAGUCCUGAGAUGCCAUGAACUUUGUCAUGGAAGGGCAUAUGCAUUUCCAAAUUCCAAUUUGAGGGGGGGGGGGGGGAGUUCAUAUAUGUUUUGUAAACAUGUUUUUUUUGGGUAAAUUUUUGUAAACAUGUUCCUUUGUUGAUGUCUUAUGAGUUUGAAGGGUGGUUCAAGAAAUUCUAGAGUUUGGGGAAAAAAUUUCAACCUCUUAAUUAUAGAUGAUGAGGAGUUUGGGGAAACAUGAACUGAGGUUUCUGUUGCCUGCAAAAGGAACAAACUGUUUGAGAUUGAGAGUUGAUCGG